AUGGUGAUGAGCAUGCGUGGAGGAGGUUCAUGUUCUGGUUCAGGCUCAGGUGUUAGUACUGAGCCAAUUGAUGAGCAUAUGUGGGAGUUCACUUCAUCGGAGAUCACUUACCAUUUUUUGGAGCAGACUCCUAUGAUCUUUGUUACGGUCAAAGAAGGGAUUAUGGAGAUUAUGGAUGCGUGUUUCAACAUGUUCAGCAAUGAGAUUAUGGCUAUUGUAGGAGCUCGCACUCUUUCUUUCUACGAGUUUCGUGCUUUUGGGGCUCCCGAGUUCUUUGGGGAGGACCCUAUUUCUAGUAGGAGCUGGUAUGUAGAUUAUAUCUUAUAUUUCCUACACAAAUAUAGACAACUGUAUGCUGAUGUCAUUAUGCAGGUUAGCGCUUAUCUGCUUGGAGAAUACAACCAUCUUUUGGCCAGACGACCUGGGUGUAGCCCAAAGGACAUUUUUGUCAUUAUACAUGAGAAGCUUCCUACUGUAUCGACUCCAACAAUAUCCAUUCUUCUCUCAACAUACGCAAAGAUUUUGAUGCACUCUCAACCACCAGAUCCCGAAUUACAAAACCAGAUCUGGGCAAUAUUCAGCAAAUAUGAAACAUGCAUUGAUACUGAGAUACAACAAAGAGCUGUGGAGUAUUUUGCAUUGAGUAGGAAAGGUGAAGCCCUGAUGGAUAUAUUAGCAGAAAUGCCAAAGUUCCCUGAACGUGAGUCUUCAUUGAUCAAGAAAGCAGAAGACACUGAAGCUGAUACUGCAGAGCUAAGUGCUAUCAAGUCACGCACACAACAGCAGGCUUCUAAUGCUUUAGUGGUGACAUCUGAGCGCGAACCUCCCCAACUUGGUAUGGUCAAAAUCCCCAGCGUUGACCAUAACUCUGUGAGCGUUGACCAAGAGUUGACUCAAGCUAAUGGAAUUUCACAUGAAGUUGACCACCCUCAACCUGAUAUUCUUGGAGGUCUUUUAAGCCCACUGGCUAUUGAAGCACCUCCUCCUCCUGUAAGUGAAGAUGAUGCAUUAGCUCUUGCACCUGUUGAAGAGCAAGAUAAUAUUGUAAAGCCAAUAGGAGACACUGCAGAAAGAUUUCAUGCCCUGUGUCUUAAAGAUAGUGGAGUUCUAUAUGAAGAUCCUUAUGUUCAGAUUGGUAUCAAAGCAGACUGGCGAGGUCAUCAAGGUCGCCUAGUCAUCUUUUUGGGGAACAAAACAACUUCUUCACUCACUUCAGUUCAAGCAGUGGUUUUGCCUCCAUCUCAUUUAAAACUGGAACUCUCAUCAGCAAAGAACAAGCUUCAAACCAUGCAAACCAUGGUGUUUGUCGUCCACACACAGCCUUCUCUAACAGCCCAUCUUUUUUCCAGGGCAAAAGAGUUGGGCAUGAUGGGUGAAGGAUACAUGUGGAUCAUAACAAGUAAGACUACCAACUUGUUGAAUUCCAUGGAUGCUGAAGCAAUCAAAUCGAUGCAGGGGGCUGUGGGUUUCAGAUCAUAUUUUCCAGCAUCAAGAAAGCUUCACAACUUUGCUUCAAAAUGGAGGGAGGAACAUUAUGCAAUUAAUAAAAGAAACCAUUUCAAGAAAGUCAAUUAUAGACUUCAUUCAAGUAAGAAUGAAUCAAGAAGAGCCCUUGAAUGA